GGCGUGGUAUAUAAAUGCGAUUGCAACUGGUGCCAUUUGAACGAGAAAACUAUGCGAGAUGCAUGGUCAUUUUAAGUUGCUGCUGGUCCUGGGACUCCUGCUGACUUACGCGGCAGCCAAGAAGAAGGAGGCCUCAUCAUCCGAGGAGGAGGAGGGUGGCGACAAGUACGAGAAGAAGAAGUUCGGUGACGAGGAGCACAAGGGUGAGCACGGACACAAGGAGCACAAGGAAUGGGAAGAGGACGAGAAGAAGCACCACGAGGUGGAAGACCACGAGCACCACCACGGCGACAAGGGAUCGAAGAAGAAGAAACACUACGAUGAGAAGGAUGAGCAUGGUGAGAAGCAUGAACACGGCGCUCACAAGAAGGGCGGCAAACAUCAUCACAAAAAGAAGCACAAGAAGGGUCACAAGGAAUUAGAAUACCACAAGAAGUUCAAAAAGGACGAGUACAUCAAGGAGAAGAAGUUCUACGAUGAUGAGCACAAGGGCGGACAUCAUAAGAAGUAUGGAAAGGAGCACCAUCAUCAUGCCGAGGAGCACGGCGAGCACAAGAAGGGCGAAAAGCACGAGGGCGGCAAAAAGAAGGGUCACAAGAAGCACCACGGACACUACAAGAAGGGUCACCACGACGAGGACCACAAGAAGUACAAGAAGGAGCACAAGUACGGCGACAGCUUCGAGGAGAAGAAGGAGCACGGCGAGAAGGGCUCCAAGAAGCACGGCCACAAGCACUACAAAAAGAAGGGCGGCAAGCAUUGAGCAAGCUAUAUUAUACAUGUGAUCUUUAUGUGAAAUGCAGAAUUAAAACUGGGAGAGGUUCUAGAAUAUUAUACUGUCUUGUGUUUUAUUCAAUAAGCUGUU